UGAUGGGCGGUGGAAACAUUCCCGUUACCAGUAAGUUUCCAUUUGGGAACAUUACUAGUAAGUUCCCAAUGUUACCAGUAACAUUCCCAAAAGACGGUAACAUACGAAAUUGAUGAUGUAUUGAAUUAAAAUUCGUUGUAAACGUUAUUGUCUCAGUGCACCAUGUUAUGUAUAUCUAACUAUACAUAUAACAAUUGUCCUGACUGACUGACUGACCGACUGACUGAUUCAUCAUCGCAGAGCCGAAACUGUCAAAGCUAGAACGUUGAAAUAUGCACACUGGGUUGCAAUUAAAAAGUGUACUAAGAGAUGUAGAAAGAUUUUGAAAAAUUCCACCUUUAAGAAUGUUAAAAAGAGAAGACAAUCUGUAUGCCAAAAUAAAUAUUUUAAGUUUAUUAUUAUUCCGAAUUCAUACAUAAAUAUCGGGAAAUUAAUCCACGCGAAUGAAGUCUUGGGGAACAGCUAGUAUACUACACGUGUAGAUAUACAUCUUUCUCUUUCAUACUCAACGUUUAUUUUCUCUUUCGCUCAAGCCUCUUAUCGCAAUUGUUACCUGGCAUGGAUCCCUUGGCAUGGGGUUAGUUUUAUCUAAAACACGGCUUUGAGUGAACGUAUUAAUUGUGAUAACAAGUGGAGUACAGAACUGAAUAUGUUACAAUGAAGCCGAAAAGUCCAGUGUAUAGUUAUUUUACUGAAAAUACUAUAAACAAUAAAAAAAGUUACACUUGUAACUUUUGCAGUGUUGUGUACAACUAUAGAAAUGCUACAAAGUUUGCGGUUCAUAUUAUAAAAUGUAAAAAGAGCCCCCAAGACGUAAAGGACAGUUUUAAGCAAAAUGACAAAAACUCAUCAACAUUAUGUGAAGCUCAAGUAUUAAGCGACAGUGACCAUAGCCGUGCCUAUACAUCACAAGAUACAACAAAUGUCAGACCAGCAUUGAUGGAUAAAGACGAGCAGAUGAAUAUACACAAAGCUGUUGCAAGAGCAAUGUAUGUAACUGGCACACCUUUCUCUCAAUUCGAGCACCCGCUAUGGAAAGAAGCUUUUCAUAUGAUGAACCCUUUAUACGGUAUGCCUUCAAGAAAGAGAUUGGCUACAUCUCUAUUAGAUGAAGAAUAUUCAGACGUUCAAAGCGAAAUAGUGAGCAAAAUCAAUCAAGCCAGUAUUAUUCACUUGGCUAUUGAUGGAUGGUCUAACCUAAGAAAAGAAUCCAUCCUAAAUGUGAUUCUCUAUGCUCCGAAACCAUACUUCUACAAAUUUAUAGAAACAAAGGAACAAAGACAUACGGCCGAAUAUCUGUGUGAAGAAGUCACAAAUAUAAUCGAAGAGUUUCAUCCGUCAAAGUUUGUUGCAGUUGUUACGGACAAUGCGGCAAACAUGGUCAGAUUUGGGAAGCUCUUGCACGACAAAUAUGAACAAACUCUAUGGACAGGAUGUUUGGCUCAUACCCUGCAUUUGUUUGUUGGGGACUCAUUAAAAGUCAUGAAAAUACGUCGCAUUUUUGCAUUUACAGUGAGAGUAAUAAAAACAAUUACACGAUCACAUAUCCUUGGAGCUGAAUUCCGAAGACUCGCGGAGGAAAAAAGCGUCAAUUCGAGUCUUCAGUUACCAGUUAAAACCAGAUGGGGCAGUUAUUUAGCAUGUCUUCAAAGCUUUAUCAAAUCAAAAAUUGUUGUGCAAAAUAUGGUAAUAAAUGAAUCUACAACAUCACUAAGACAAUACAAAAAUAAAAUUUUAAACGAAGACACAUGGACAGAGCUCCGUAACCUUGAAAGGUUUUUAGACCCCAUUGUCCAAUGGAUAUACAUUCUAGAAGGGGAUUAUUUUGCAGUACAUCUAGUGUACAAGGCAUUUAAAGAAUUAGAUGCAUUGCUUAACAAUUACCAAACAACAAAUCUUCUUGAAAAUAAUUUAGCAGACCUCAAAGCGAAAUUUGAAGAAAGAAAGGCAAAUGCUCUGAAACCCAUCCAUUUUGCAGCGACAAUACUAGACCCAAAGAAUCAAGGAUCACAAUUAACAGAUCAAGAAAACGUUGAUGGAUGCGAAAUCAUAUUUAAUCUUGGGAAUGAAUCAACUGAUAUUUUAAUGGAAUUAUCGGACUACAAGACACACAAAAGCAUCUGGGCAAAGGAUUUUGUGUGGAAAAUGGCAGCUACUACAGAGCCAGUCACAUGGUGGGAAACAUUAUUCUCCAAUACAGUGUUAGGUAAAACAGCUGUCAAAAUACUAACCAUGCCUGCCACCUCUGCAGCGGUAGAGCGGUCUUUCUCUACAUUUUCAAAUAUUCAUACGAAACGAAGGAAUCGGUUGAAGACAAACAGAGCGGGAAAAUUAACUUAUAUAUCUCACAACUGGAAGUUAUCUCAUCAAUCAGAAUCACAAAAACCUUUUGAUCGGAGUACAAUUGUCAACGAGGAUAUGCAUGAUACGGAUUCGUCCAACUCUGAAGAUGAAUUUUCGGACGUUGAAGAUAUGGAAGAUGGCACCUCAGAUUCAAUUUCAUCAAACAGUAUUUUUUCUACAGAUUGUACAGAUUGAAUUUGAAUUGAUUAAAAUUUUUAACAAGAAUGAAUGUUAAAGAUUUCAUUGUUGGAGAUUAUAGUAAAUUUUAAUAUAUUAUACCUGUUAUGUGAAUUUUUACUAGUUGAUUUGUGUGCCUGAAGCUGAGUCUUUGUUGGAUAACUUAUUGCAAAUAAGCUAAUUGUAUCUACUUAACUGAUUUCAUUUUUAAACUAUAUGGUCAUGCUUAAUAUUUAAAUUAAGAUGAUUUAUAUGUGAAACAACAUUUAAAUAUACAUACUAAAAUUAUACACAAUGUUGAUUGUUAUAUUUUUCAAAUUAAAGUAAGCUAACUGCAUGUACUUAAUUUCAUAUAAAAAUGAUAAUACAUACUGAUUUCAUUUUAAAGUACUGACA